AUGCAAUUUGAAAGCUCACCCGUUGUAAGUUCUGUUCCGGUAGUUCAGGACUUCUUUGCCGAUGUACUCAAAAUCUUCUCAUCUAUUCCGAUUGAAUACUACAAAUACUCCUCAAUAAUCCUUGCAUGCUUAACAAUUUACGAAGGAAUCAUUCUUAAACUGAUCUAGAAUGCUUCCGCUCUUCGAUCAUCACAUAAUCCUACACUUGAGCAGAAUGCUGCGCGGAAAUUUUAGGAAAUAAAUACUAAAGAGUUCAUCAUGAAAGAGAUUAUCCCUAACAUAGGCAAAAUCCCAUUUAAAGACUUAUAGAAUAAACUAAGAAGUGAUAUUGAAAUGGAAGACAUAAUAUUUACCUUCUUUGUGUUCGCCUGUUAUUUAGCUGCAUCUGGGAUAAGCUAGGUACUAUCAUCAGCUGUCGCUCCAUUUGCCUUAUAUCUUCUCUUCUUAGAUAAAAAGACCCUAGCAAAAUCAUCUUACUAUUCUAAAUUCUUGACGUUUACAAACAUUGUUACCUACGCACUUAUUUUUCUUGUUGGCUCACAGGCAAUACUUUAUCCAUUGGCACUUUAGCUUUUUUCUUUUGGUGAUGUUGACAAUACGCUUGAUUUCUUCACACUUUUAUAAGAAGUAUUCUAGCCUAUUAUGAGUCAAGUAUUCUUAUCUCUAUUGCCUAUAACUGGAACCAGAGCCUACCUUAAAAUGGCUAAGACUACUAGUGGUAGUAUUUUCUGA